AUGACCGUCCCUAGCGUUCAUCUCCUUGACAUUCUCGGGGGUCGAAAGCUUUCAUCGUUCCUCCUUUUCGAGGAUUCGUUCCCUCUUGUCUCCUGCUUCUCGAUUUGGCCUACAUUGUGCAAACGUUUGUGCGAGCAAUACACAUGCCUAAUUGUUCGAUCAGAGUUACCCGGCUCCCCUCUUCCAAGCCAACUGCCCUCUACCAUCCAGAAAAUCGAUUUUUGGGACUUUCCCUGUGCACUGGAUUGUCUAAAGGAGGUGGGCAACCGAGUCUCCACCACACCUCCAGAUUCUCCGCUCUGGGUCAUUUUCUUCGAGAACAUGGACGCCUUUUUAAUGGAUUGUCCUUCCGAUCACGAAAUAGGCAAUUGGGCUAGCCUAAUUUUAUCACAUCUUCUUUCUUUUGCCACUAAUCAUUCAAUUGCCUCAGUUAUCUGUUCCUUAAACAUCUAUAAAGCUCCCAAUGUGGAAAUUACCUCUUCAAGUGAACAGGUCCGAGAUAUUUUUGAGUCCUAUGCUACCACCUGUGUUCGACUAACUCCAACCGACAACAGAAAUAUCCUGGAAGCUGAUUUCUGGCAUCGACGAACCCUUGACUCAAUUUGUAAAUCUGUGCGACUGAUUUCUACCCUUGCUCCUCACAAUAAACCAGCUGUUUCUGGUCUCUGUCAGAUCACAUUGGACCCCAAAACCCGUAUCAUUGUUAGCUGUUCCGCUUCCACGGUGAUUGAGAAGGUGAAGGAGCCUGAAAGUUUACCUACCUCCACUUUUAAACUGACCGCUUCGCAGACGGAGAUUGAGGCGAAACAGAAGGUCGUGCUGCCCUACCAUGCUGCAGUAAAUACUAGUGUAGACCCGUCUACUCUGCCUCUGCCUGAGAGCACGAUUGAUUACGUGCCUGAUGUGUUCGAUGACAUUGACGAGGACGAUCCCGAUGAUGAUUUGGAUAUUUGA